AUGCGAACUUUCCAAGCCUUCAGCACCACAGAAAGCACACAACUACCUCCUGCCCAUAAAUCCAAUUCCACCACAGCAUACUCCCAGCCAGAAGACUUUCUCGAAAUCGAAGUAUGCAGCCCAGUCACACAUUUGGCCGAUAAUAGAGACUCCUCCAUGUACACGGAUUACGAAGUCGUGACAAAGACAAACCUGCCAAGUUUUUCACGCCGCAUCUCUCGCAUUCGAAGACGAUACAGCGAUUUCGAAUUGUUCCGUAAACUGUUGUUGAAAGAACUAGAAUUAUCCGAUGGCCCAAUCUCCAAAGUAACCAUUCCUUCACUCCCCGGCAAGAUCUUGCUUAACAACCGCUUCAAUGCAGACGUCAUCGAAGAACGUAGACGAGGUCUGGACAAGUGGCUGAAAAAUGUCGCUGGCCAUCCCUUGCUACAAUUGGGUUCAAGAGUACUGGUCCGUUUUAUCGAAAAGGAUCAUUUUUCGUGA